UAGUAUUUAAAAAUAUAUAAAUUUAUUGCAAAGUAUUGUAAUAUUGAGUACUUAAGUGAAGCAAAAGAAUUACUCAAUUUUAAGACUUCUUUUAUUUGUUAAGCAUAGAGGUUAAUAACCGUAAUAAUAUGUCAAUUCAAUUUCAACCACUUGAUCUAAUUCAACACUUGUCAUCCUAAAGUUGAAAAUUGGAUUGAAAACCUCUUUAAAAAUGUUAUUCAUCAAAUGCUACUUCCAGUGCUAUUCCACUGAGUUCUUAUAUUAAUUAAUUGUACUAAUGGAAUGUUAUUGGUGAGUCAAAUUUACACACAACACAAUAUAUUCCUGAGGAAAUAAUUACUAUAGAACAUUUAGAUUGUGAUCAGUAAUUGGUAGUAAAUAUUCUAUAAACUUGCACCAUAAAUACUGUCUAAUUACUAUUACUCUAUUUAAAAUCAGUUAAUCUGUGUCUGAAGAUAUUGUACACAGUUUUAUCAGAUAGAGUAACAUAUUGAUAGGACAAAGAGAUAUGUCACAGUAAGUAAACCAUAUUUUACCAUUAUGCAGUAGCUCUAAAAUGUUUCAAACAUUGCUCAAGAUAAAUGAUUGAGUAGAGGAAGAGUGAGAACUUUAAAUUUUAGUACCUAAAAAAUUUGUCAGAAAAUCCUUUGGCAAAUUAUCUGUGUUAAUAUUUAAAGUACAUUUCUACACAUAAAAAAUUAGAGCAGCUGAUGAGCUGAUGUAUAGAUUACAAAGUCUGAACAAAAAUAUCUAGUAUUAAUCAGAUCCAUUUAGCUUCCAACAGUGUGUUUGAUUUAACUGAAGUUACUCUUUCCAUCUUUUUCAACUGAGGUUCACCAUGAGCAGUUCCAAGAGUGAUGAUGGAAGUCAGAAGGAUGGAGUUUCAGUGGAGAUGUCACCUUCGGUUACACAACCCACAACAAACGGCAUACAGAGACCAUAUGAUCCCUAUGAACAUAGGGAGCUGAAAAACCCUGCAACAGAUGCUGAAAGUAUUGUUCUUCUGCUGAGAGGAUGCAUGGGAACUGGAAUCCUCGCCAUGCCUGAAGCCUUCAGUCAAUCUGGCUUGUUGAUUGGAACCGUCUUUACCAUCAUUCUGGGCUCACUGACCACCUAUUGUCUUCAUGUCCUGGCAAGAUCACAAUAUGAGAUGUGCAAAUGGUUGAGGGUGCCUAUACUGAACUAUCCUGACUCUAUGAGGGUGGCUUUAGAACACGGGCCUCCAGUAUUCAGACCAUUCGCUGGGGUGUCAGGAGUCGUAGUGGACUUCUUUUUAGUGUUAUACCAGCUCGGAAUGUGCAGUGUAUACAUUGUUUUCAUAGCAGACAAUCUAAAACAGGUUUUGGAUCAAUUCUGGGUGGUGGAUGUGAGAUUGGUGAUGACUGCUACUUUCGUAGCUCUGUUUGUGACUUGCUUCAUCCGCAACAUCAGACACUUGGCACCGCUUGCGCAGUUGGCCAACGUGCUCAUGCUCUUCAGCUUUGUUGUCAUGAUGUUCUUCAUCCUGCACAACCUGCCUCCUCUCUCCACUGUUCCCAUGGUCAGAUCCCCCAAAGGAUUUGUGCGAUUCUUUACCACUACACUAUUCGCUAUGUCAGCUAUUGGAGUGGUGGUUUCAGUGGAGAGGAAUAUGAAGACGCCUGCUUCUUUUGGAAAGCGAUAUGGUGUUCUCAACAUCUCAAUGGGUGCCACCACUCUGGCAUACACAUGUAUAGGAUUCUUUGGGUUUGUCAAGUACGGAGAUGACAUAGAGGCUAGUGUGUCUCUGAACCUUCCUCGGGAAAAUGUAUUGUCUCAGGUAGUGAAGAUCGCAUUUUCACUGUCCAUUUUCUUCACAUUUGCUCUUCAGUUUUAUGUGGCAGUAGAGAUCAUUUUAUCAAAUUAUUUAAAACGAAUUAUUGAGGAAAGCAAAAAACCAAGAAUAGUUGAAAAUAUCCUGAGAACGUUUUUGGCUCUUUGUAUACUGCUGGCUGCAGUUACGAUACCCAUGCUGGACCUAUUCAUCUCUUUGAUAGGAGCUCUCUGUUUGUCCACUCUCUGUGUCUCGUUUCCUGUCAUAAUCGAGAUGUGUGUUCUCUACUCCAAUAAUGAACUGAACUUUCUAAAAGUCAGCAGAAUUAUUGUUAUUGUUAUAGUCGGACUCAUGGGGCUUGUAGUUGGAACAUAUUUGACUGUUGCUGACAUAGUGCACAGUUUACAUGACACAUUAUUGAGCUAAGGAUAGUACCAAUGUAUCAAAAGAGUUAAGUUUGAUUCUUCAAUAGGAAUUGUUUAAGUGUAGGCAGAUAUGAGCAAAACCUAACCUGUCCUACGAAAGACAAUUAAGUACAUCAAGAUGGUCACUAGUACAGCGGGCUCUUAUCUUUCAGAGGAGCAAUAGCAGCGAUAUAGAACUUUUCAAUAAGAAACUUUAUUGGAUAUCACACAAACUUUAAAAUAUAAAAGCUAUUUUACUUUCUAGCUAGAUAUUCAUUAAAAAAAAAAAACCAGUUAUAAUGCUGAAAAGCACAGAUGAAAUUCCUAAUUGAAUUAUAGGCAAGUGGCAGACAUGGUCAGAGGUGUAUGUGCUAGUUAUCUUUAUCCUCUUUAUCCUAGUACCAUUUGAGUACUAUAAUAAGAUCUAUAUCUAGAUUGACACUUAUGUCAAACAUUAUAAUCAUGUACAUAUUUACAUAACUGUUGAUAAACUAACUUGUCCAUUAUAUUUCCUAAACCCCUGUAUAUAUUUAUGGGCGCAUAAUCUUUAAACAGCAAAGGACUCUUCACCUUUGGAAGUGGUGGAAUUGCAGAUUUUUUCCACUGACUUGGAUAAAUACACUUACUUAGUGAAAAAUUAAAAACAUGUAAUAAAACAUCCUUCACUUCAUUAAAAAUCAAUAUAAUAAACUUAAUAUGGAUUCCGUCAUUUCCAACUGCGUUAGAUGCUAUAUCCAUUAUUGCUUUAUAAACAUUAUCAAUAUUGACUUCGUAAAAGUAAAGUAAUUCACUCCUAAAGAUCUCUCAUUCUUAUAGUAAUCAAUUAAAUCAUAAUCUAUAUCAUUCUGUAUUCCACAAAAAUAAUCAUUAAAAACGUCCAAUUGAACUACUGGAUCAGACAACUGCUACCACCUCCCUGAUCUAUAAUUACCAUCAACUUAUUUUACAUAAUUUAUCUACAGAAUUUUACAUUUUUUACAAUUUAUAUUUGGUGUAAUACAAUUUUGAUUUUAUUUUAAAAAGUAAUUUCUCUUCUAGUUACAAUUUAUAAUAACAUUAGUUUUAAAUACAGAUAAUCACUACAAGAAAGAAAAACCCUGAACAACUGUUAAAAAUACUAUUCUAAUGUGAAUUUGGUACUGUUUAUUUUAGUUUAUAGUACUAAUUACAUUUAAAAUUAAUUAAGCCAUGUUAAUUAGUUAAUAUGAUCUUUUUAACUCUAAGUAAAAUUAGUGUCCAAUCUUCAUUGAAUUUGGGAUGAAUUGACUUUUAUUUGAUAUUUAGUGUAAGAAUGGUUAAGCAAAUAUUUAUCUUAUUAUUAACUAGGGUAAAAUGAAUUUUUUAUUCCUUGUGGCAUAGUCAACCUAUGCCUAUACCUAGUUAAUGCGUAAUUAUUAGUGAUUGCAUUUUGUUUGUCUGACGGACAGGGUGAAUACAACACUGAUGAUUCAUUCAAUGAAUGAUGAAUCAUUCAAACUAUUUUUUUUACUCUUAUAAGGCCAAUGGCGAUAAUAGACAAACGUAAAUUUGUUGGUUACUGAUUUCUUAUUAAUCCAAAUACCACACUACUCGAGCUUCUUCUAGUGAAACAUAUAAGUUUAAUAAAACAUGAAAUAUAUUGAUCUUUUUGA